AUGUAUGGCGGUGAUGAAGUAUCAAUAAUAGUGAUAAACCUGGGUUCCCACACUUGCAAAGUCGGUUAUGCUGGCAAAGAUGCUCCCAAGGUUGUCCUUCCUUAUGUUGUUGGUGCUAUUGAUCACAUGGACAUUGAUGGAAUUGCUGGUAUUAAUGAUGAGAACUCUGACAAAACCAAGGGAAAAUGUAAACUUUAUGUAGGAUCUCAAUCAUUAGGAUACCGCAGAGACCAUAUGGAGGUGAUGUCACCCUUGAAGAAUGGAGUUGUUGUUGACUAUAAUAUUGUAUACAACAUAUGGGAUCAUGCUUUGAGGUUCCUACCUCUUAGGAAGCUCAUGACGGUUCUUUUAAUAUGCAGCACUCCCAAAAAUUAG